GCUAGCGGGUGAAUCGAUCUAUUCUACAGUGCGGAUAUGGAGCUUUGACACAGGCAAACUCGUGGUUGGUCCAUUCAAAAUUAGUGAUCAUUAUACAAUUGCAAGCGCAACGGAUGCUCGGGAGACUCUCGGAAGCUGGCGGUGUCAUCAUGGUCAAUUCGGACUCGGGCCCCUUCCUUCAAGUGUGGGAUGUCCAAGCACAGACAUCGGAUGUACAAAUAUCUACUCCUAAGGCCGCAUUCGCCUUUAUUACUGUCGGAGCCCCUUUCGAACACACUUUUUCCAUCAGUGGUAUAGCACUCUCAUCUGAUUGUAUUCUUCUCGCUAGCUCUUCCUACGACACUAUCAAGCUAUGGGCCUUCGAGUCUCGCCAGCUCCUUGUCUCAUUUCUCCCUGCACCCUUGCCCUCUCACCUGAUUCACACCAACUGGCUUAUAUGUCUAGCGAUGAUACGAAGAUCCACAUAUGCAACAUUCCAGCCAACAUCCUUGCUAGCGUCGGGCUUGCAGGGAACCGCAGCCUAUUCCCAGCUACAUCCCCCCUACCUCGUCCACUUAUCCAGCCAGACAAGAAUGCUCAACCCACACCGGCACCACCCACUACCCAAGCCUCUGCCAUCAAUACUUCUGCAACCCUCACAUCGCGAUCACAUCAACUAUCAACCUGGUGGCCCUUUCAGAGGGGUCGUGCACCGCUGGCUAUCGUAGAUGUUCCUCUCGCGCCAGGUCAACUGGUAUACGCAUCUCAUUUUUCUCGUCGUAUUCCAAAUCUCAUGCAUCUAUGUAUAGCGGUAUGCUGCAACGGGUGCUCCUUGCGAUGAUGAUAGCCUGAUACGUGAUGACUCGGAAGACUAUGUUUCCCCUGCUCAU